AUGUCUUGUUUUCGCCGUUCUAACGCUCGCUUACGCAUCCUAGUUCCCAAAGAUUUCGAUAUCAACUCCAUCCAAAAAUGUCCAAUUGACUCUUGCUGCAAUUUCAUUCCUUUGGACGACGAUGCCCUGAAAGAAGAACCAGAUUUACCAUUCGUGGUCCUUCAACAAGAGUACUUCAUUGCGCACCUAACUGGACGUCAAUUCAAAUGUGAUUACAAUUGUCGAAAUAUCGUUCUGUCCAAGUUAUACGGGUAUCGAACGGCUUUUCUGCCUUACCGGGCCGAAUCUGCCGCAAAAAUGAUCGACAAUAACUUUGGGCUUGAAAUUAUUCACGAUACACUUCAUAACAACGAAAUACCUCGUUUGAUAUUUGCCCAGGAGGGGUUGCAGUUCUCAAAUGUAGUUGAAAAUGGCACCAACUGUAUAAUGGAAAACUACACCAGUUUAGAUCUACAAAACCUUGCUGAAAUCACCAAAUCCAAACAUUGCAAUCACGACUUCUUUAUAGUAUAUCUUGGACCGUCAAAUGAUUCCAAACAUCCAAAUAUGUGUGCGAGCCAUCAAUAUAUGUGCUGCAGUACGAAGACACUGGAAACGUAUGAAUACAGAACUGCAAUACAGUCUCGUGUUGAAAAAAUGCUGUACGAGGAUGUCGAAGCUUGUAUUAAGAAAUGGAAAGCGGAAGAUCAGGCUCUAGAGUUGAAAAAACCAGCGAAAAGAACUCCCAACUUUCGUUUAGUAGACAUCCAAGGAAAUCCGGUAGAGGAAGAUACUGAUUACUUACUUCAAAUGUACGAUCAGCCUGAAGAUGUUAUCAAAGACGGGGACUAUGGAUCAAUAUUCUAUGCCACGUAUCGCCUCAACCGAUCAGAAAAGAUAGUUGUUCGCUUUUGCAUCAUUGAUGGAAUUCACUACCUCACUUACAAUGGCAAGUUUUUACAAGCGGAUGAUACCAACGGAGAUGAAAUCGGAUACACGGAGGAAGAGGAAGUACCUGAAAAAAACUACAGGUUGGAAUUCCAUGUCACUGAAAACAACACCUUCAAGACCGCUAAAUGGGAUAAGAACAUAUGGCUCAGAUUCGAAAAGAGAACUCUCAAUCACAGCUAUUUGAACUUCAGUGAGAUCGAAGAGGUUAUGAGAUGGGGUAAACCUCUGGAAUUAAUGUUGAAAAGAGUAUGAGCACUUUUAUUUAAUUUGUACUGUUUCUAUCUAAUUCUGAAGAUAUAUCU